AUGUUGAACGGGAAAUACUUGUGCGGUGAACGACUUGUCAUUGAGCACGCUCGUGGCCGGCGGAUGGACCGUGGUGUAUACGGUGCUGGCGGAGGUGGACGUAGUAAUGGUUACAGCAGCCAAAGCCGCACUGGCCGGGACAAGUACGGGCCACCUGCACCCACAGAGUACCGCCUUAUUGUGAAGAACCUCUCUAGUCGCUGCAGCUGGCAGGACCUAAAGGACUUCAUGCGCCAAGCUGGUGAGGGGACCUAUGCCGAUGCCCAUAAGGAGUGGACCAAUGAGGGGGUGAUUGAGUUCCGAUCACGCUCGGACAUGACGAGGGCCCUGGACAAGCUGUACAGCACUGACAUCAAUGGGAGGAAGAUCUGCCUGGUGGAGGACGAGCCUCGCCGCCGACGCUCCUCUUCUGGCAGCUGCUCCAAGUCUCGUAACAGACGUCGCUCUCGCAGAAGGAGCUGCAGAUGUUCUGGCAGCCACUCCAGGUCACUCUCGAAGAAGUCCCACUCUAAGUCCCAGACCCGUUCCAAUUCCCGCUCUAGAACCAGGAAGUCCCGUUCCAAGUCCCCUUCUCGCUCUGGCACGCAAGUCUCACAGCUUCUCGGCGAGCCACAAAUCUCGCUCUCACACAUGCAAGUUUCGCUCUAAAAGGAAGUCUGAGCGGGGAACCAGAGGCUAUUCCAAGGAUGUCUGUCAGCGAGAACUCCCAGAGUUGUUCUCCACCCCCCACAGAGAAUGGAGACGGAGAGCGGUCCAAGUCUCCCUUCCCACAAGAAGACCUUCACCAAUCCAAGUCCCCCGCCAAGCACCCAGCUUCUGGAUCCGCCUCACGCUCUAAAUCCUGGUCCCGAUCGGCUUCCCGAGAUUAAAUGCACUUGUUUAAGUAGGAAGUAGGAAAGAUUGUUUAAAAAUAAAUCACGGAUCAAAUGCAGCUACAAGUGUUUCAAUUUGUCCCUCUCUGAGCACUUGGCUGUGAUUCCAAGUGUUGAGAAUCUGGCUGAAAGAUUGUAGAUUACUAUAGAACGCAUAGUAUUUUUUUUAUUGAACCGAUAGGCAAGUCAGUUAAGAACAAAUUCUUAUUUACAAUGACUGCCUACCCCCGGCCAAGCACGGAAAUGCAGUACCUUAGACCGCUGCGUCACUCCCGAGUUGUUCUCAGUUUCCUUAUCUUUCUGAGAUUGCUUAUGCGUCAUGUUAAAGAUACUGGUUGAUGUUGGUCUUUCAAGAGGAAAUUAAUUCUUACUUCUAAUUUUAAAUGUCAACACCGUCUGCGUUGCUUCAUUGAAUCUCUGGUAUUCCAUUAUCAAAUCGUGAUUGAUAUGGCAUAAAAAUAAUACCUUGCCAUCUUACCUAUCUUCACAAAUCUAAAAUAGAAGGAAAUGAAGACCCAACAAUCACCCAACAAUCUUUUUCCCAUAUAAAUUGUUCUCCCUAUGACUCUGAAAUGUUUUGAUUAAUUAUGCUAGUUUAUACAUUUGGGAGGUUUGUUGGUUCAUUUAUUGGUUUCUUUCCUAUUGGUGUAGUUGAUGCUGUCUGUAUAGUCUAGACAGUUGUCCUUUGAGCAUUUGAGUAUUGACUGACAUACAGCAUUACUAUGGUGUAUUGGCUAUUUUCAAAGAUGUAUGGGAAAUCAUGUCACUGUUUGCUCUGAGAUAUCUGAUUUAAGGGUGGAAAUACGUUUUUUUAAAUUGUUUUAAAUGUGUUAAGCACUCAUGUUUAUAAACAGUCUUGACAUGUUUCGCUUUGACUGUCCUGUUUGAAAAGGUCACCAUAAUGAGAUGUACCUAAUUAAUUGCAAUAAAAUGUGGGCGGACACGCAGUGUGUCAAAUAAUAUGUGCAGUUUGGUUUGUUUCAAAAGGAAAUAUGUCGAGACAACUAAGCUACAGUA